AUGAAUCAUACUCACCUCAAUGCAAUUUUUGUUAGCAUUGUUGCAAACAGGCUUCAAAAAUCCUCCUUGCCGAUCAGUUGUUGCAAUCCAGUUUCCCACCCAGUUGGUGCUCCUGCGGCACACUGUGGAGCAGGUUGUUGGGUUCUUGAUUUAGGGCACAACUUCCCAAAUUCAACAUUUAUUGAGCAUAACAUAUUGAGCGAAGUCCUAUUUCCUGACGAAACAUUUGAUUAUGUUCAUAUGUCUACGAUGUGGCCAGCGCUCACUAAACAACAAUACAUAAAUGUAAUCCAUGAAUUAGAAAAUGGAUUAGAUUCCACGAUAUUUUUAGAAAUAUCUAAAUGUCUUAAAUCAAUUAAUGAAUUAACUAAUAUCGAAGACAAGAAAUUAAGUAUAUCGAUGGCGGUUAAGCAGGAAGAUAUGCAAAAUUUUGAAUCUGCUACUUAUGUGCCAGACUAUAUGGGUAUCCCAAAGCGAUUAUCAAAAAUUAAUUGA